AGCUGAGUUGGUGCUCAAGCCUUUCGAAGAAGAGGAUCCCUGGGGUGGUAAGGACAUCCAAUGGAUGACUAAGUUGGCACUCGCAGGUAGCCAUUGUAUGGUGGAUGAGGUACUGGCGAUAGAGGAGGGCCCGCAUAAGGUAAAACACCACGAGGAUUUGGUGGGAGGGAUGUACCUCCUCGUCAACACGCUUCUGCAGGAGUCCCUUGAUUUGGAAAGCUCACUAAAUCUGGCCGAAGGAAGAGGUACUGCGUUGGAGAGCCAGGAUGAUGAGUUCGAAGAAGGAGAGAUCAAGGAGGCAUUCCGCAUAGAGGAGUAUGAUGGGAUUUACCUAGAGCUGGGACUUCUCUUAUCCUCCGAGAUGCGUGAUAGAGACGCAAGCCAUAGGGUGCAAAUGAUGAGGGAUCGCUGCCUAGUAAGGGACGGUCAUCUCUUCGUAAGAAGGAAAGUAGGAAACCCCAGGCGGGUGGUAUGUGGUCGCAACCGUCGGAUCGACGUCAUAGCAGCGCUUCGCGAUGGCAUUGCAGUCGGAUACCGUGGAAUUACUGCCACAUAUGCCAAAAUAAGUGAGCUAUACUACUGGGACGGGAUGAUGGAGAUGGUUGGGAAAUUCUGCCUCAUGCCAAGAGGAGGGAGGGGGACACGGCCACCACGACGGCCAGUGGGAGCAUUAGGAGGACACGAACGACAUGGGCCUUACCGUCGAGCAAGCACUCCAGUAUAUAACGAUGGGGAUAUCGAGUUAUUCAUGGACGAGUUAUGGGGCCACGCUGACCAUAUGGGGUGGACCGUGACUGAGAUGGUCGAGAGGUUGAGGGGAGUUGGCAGGUUUAUGGAGCCCAUCGCACAGAUUCGCAGGGAGGCUCGAACGAGGUCGGAAGUGGAGGCGCGGAUGCAGGAACUACGACCAUCGCCGGUGGGGCCUGAUGGCAGGCCUAUUCGACUGGAGAUUGGGAAUGCAGAUGACUUUAUCCGAGCAUUCAAGCAAUUCAUGCAGGACCAGCCAAUACUGCGAAGCGAGUGGAUGACGACGUUACCCCUGUGGACCCAAAAGGCGGAAAGACCUUUGGCCAGACAGAUCAGGGAUAUGGCCCGAGAUUGGGAUGGCAAGGCGGAGGCUGAAACUUCACAGAGAGCUGAUGAUUAUUUGGAUCAGAGGAUUCGCUCCGUAUCCAAGACCUCCGUCGACAGGCAUAUGAUGUUGGAGGUGGAUCUGAGAGGGAAGAAACUGAAGGAAGCAGGGCUAGAGUCACGGUUGGGGACCAUUGAGGCAGAAGUCCGAGAGCUCAGGUCUCUGGUGACUAGCCAGGCCGCCACCAUCGUGGAAUUGAAGCAGCAACUCCAUGGCGGCAGGGAUGGGGCGGAGAGUAGCCGGCCAGGAGAGGGGAGGCAACCGGGACAUGGCAUAUCAGGGCAACCAGCUAUGGCUGAGCCUCAGCAAGAGGCACCUAUGGGAAGAGUCAUUUUGGAGCCUGAGGAGGCAGAGGCCAAAAGGAAGGUUGAGAGGGAAGCCUUCGAAUUCAGGGCCCCUACGGAGCUUGCGGUGCUACCCACGAUGGCUGCAGACCCUGCCAUACCACCGUCACUUGAGGAGAGACUGCCCUCGACCAGUGAUGAGCCUCCCCAAGGCUCGACAGGAGGAUCCUUGGACGUGCUACUAGAAGCAGUCCACUCUAUGCAGGAGGAUGUUGGCUUGUUUUCACCAGAGUCCAAGUUGGAAGAGUCCCUGGAGAGCGAAACUGGAGGUGCAAUGGAAGGCAUUAUUGCAGGCAGGCCCCAGAGGUUGGAUAUUCCUGACUAUGAUCCAGAGGGAGCAAGGGUGCAACCAGGGCCCAGUUCGCGAGAGUCGGAGGCAGGAUAUGAGAGACCCAAAGAUGUGCCUCAGUACCAUGAGUUGGACGGAGAGGCCAAGGAAACCCCAUCGCCAGCAGGACCCCAGCGGAAGAAGAAAAGGCCUAGGAAGUCUUUUGACUCGACCUGCUUCCAUUGUACGAAAGAAAAGCACAGGGCAUUGCAGUGCCUCAAAUUCCUUAAGGACCAGGUAGACGGGAAGGUCUCGGAGUAUGAUGGGAAGAUGUAUGAUAGGCAGGGUAGAGUGGUGGAACGAGCUGUAGAUGGGGGUAGAGCUCUGUUGUACAGGCAGAACCAAGAGGAUAUGAGUGAGUAGGGUUUGGUUCACCUGAAUAAAAACUAGAUAUGUCU